UCCGUAACACCGGCCCUACCGGCUACACAGCGAGGCAUGAGCAGACGGCAGCCGGUGCGCGAUAACACUAUAAUAACUCAGCGACCCAGGUCGCUUUGUGAAACCUGUAGAACGGAAAAUAUAAACCUUUGCAGGGGGUUUUCUGUCGGAAACGAAAAACUGCAGCAGCUUUGGUGUGGCAAUGUGUAAAUGUGUCUGCGUUUGUUCGUUUCUUUGGGAUUUACCAUUCUCUCCUGCGCUAAACCCAGGAGCCGACCGCCUAUAGCCAAGGAAUACACAUAUUGUUGUGUAAGAAUGAUAUUUAAUAAUUUUUAAUGCAAUUUAUUGUCAUUUUUCGAGCCUUCUAAUUAUUAAGGAAUAAAUGCUGAGCAGUCCGCUUUUGUUCCCACCCGAUUGGACGACGAAAGAUGCCUCACGCCGGAUUCACCUGAAUAUGCUCUUCAAACUCUGAGACAUCAUUGGUGAGAAAGACCCCAGUGAGCUGCAGUUUUUGGAUUUUCUAUUACUGACCCUGCCUCGGACUAUUGGUACAACACAGAGGCUCGGAGAUGGAUAGACGUUAUUUAAAAACUCUGAACUGACAUCUGUCUAAAUAUACAGAAAUUGUUCCAUAUGUCUUUGUGAGCGGAACAACAUCCAGAGAAGACAGAACAGAGACAAGGAGUUCAAUUUGUCCUGUUUUAAAAGGCCACCAAGGUUUGACAGAGACGGGGUCUGACAAAGCGCCAGAGCACAGGUGGAGGCGGUGGCAGCAGGGCACGAUAGGUCAUUUGCCAUGGCGACUGACCCCGGAGAUCCCACUGGCACAGAGGAGGCCUCCGGGGAGAAACCUGAUGGAGAGAGGGAGGAUGAGAAGAAAUGGAGAGGAAGCCAGGUAGCUCCUAAAACAGAUAGGCAGACCAUGGAGAGAGGAAAUGAACAAGAAGCCGCCUCUGGAUUGAGACCACCAGAAGAAGGAAGAAAAGCAGUGGAAGGUGGCAAAGUGUCCCAACCGAAGCGCGAGAACAAACGCUUCUUCCGCAAAAGCGUGGAGAUCUGUGAGACAGAAGACGACCUGGUGGAGGAAGAGGCCCUUCACAGCAGCCCACAUCUGGAGCUUCACACCUCUGACUCAGUGUUUAAUGCCGGAACUCAGCAGGUAACUGUCGGUGGGACGUAUGCUGACACGCCAGACCUAGGGAAAGGCGUCCCAUCAGCGACUGCCCUAAAAGGCAGGGAGCGAGAGUCUGAGCAGGAAGAGGAGGCAGAAAUGAAGGCCGUAGCUACAUCUCCUGGGGGACGCUUUCUCAAAUUUGACAUCGAACUUGGUAGAGGAGCUUUUAAGACCGUUUACAAAGGUCUGGAUACGGAGACAUGGGUGGAAGUGGCCUGGUGUGAACUACAGGACCGGAAGUUGACCAAAGCUGAGCAGCAACGUUUUAAAGAGGAGGCUGAGAUGCUGAAAGGUUUGCAGCACCCCAACAUUGUGCGCUUUUACGACUCCUGGGAGUCGACUCUCCGAGGGAAGAAGUGCAUCGUUCUAGUCACAGAGCUCAUGACUUCAGGAACGCUUAAAACAUACCUCAAGCGCUUUAAGGUGAUGAAGCCAAAAGUGUUGCGCAGCUGGUGCAGACAGAUUCUAAAGGGCCUGCAUUUCUUGCACACACGGACGCCACCUAUCGUACAUCGUGACCUUAAGUGUGACAACAUCUUUAUCACAGGCCCCACAGGGUCGGUGAAGAUUGGAGAUCUUGGCCUGGCCACACUUAUGAGGACUUCCUUUGCCAAAAGUGUGAUUGGUACCCCAGAGUUUAUGGCUCCAGAGAUGUAUGAGGAACACUAUGAUGAAUCUGUGGACAUCUAUGCUUUUGGCAUGUGCAUGCUCGAGAUGGCUACAUCUGAGUACCCAUAUUCUGAGUGUCAGAAUGCUGCCCAGAUCUACCGCAAAGUCACCAGUGGGAUUAAACCUGCUAGUUUUAACAAAGUCAAUGACCCAGAAAUUAAGGAGAUCAUUGAGGGCUGUAUUAGACAGAACCGAGGAGAGCGACUUUCUAUUAAGGACCUGCCCAACCAUGCGUUCUUUGGUGAGGACACUGGUGUACGGGUAGAAUUGGCUGAGGAGGACACAGGCUUCCAGGAUUGCCUGGCGCUGCGCAUCUGGGUGGAUGAACCCAAAAAGCUAAAGGGCAAACACAAGGACAACGAAGCCAUUGAGUUUAGUUAUGACCUGGAGAAUGAUAGUGCAGAGGAGGUGGCGCUGGAGAUGGUAAAAUCUGGGUUUUUUCACGAAAGCGACGCAAAGGUGGUUGGAAAGUCAAUUCGAGACAGAGUAAAUCAGAUUAAAAAAUCCCGUGCAAGGCGACAGCAUCAAGGCCCGGAGGAGCGGCGGGAUUUCUCUGCCGUUGUCUCUAUCUCCUCCACUUCUGUAUAUUCUUCAUUAUCAUCCUCUCUGGGUCCUGGAGCUGCCACUGGAUCUGCUGCUGCUGUCUCCACUGCUCCCUCUGUGGGGGCCACUAGGGGUCCAGGGGAGGGAGAGGACUUGCUGGAAGUGGACCAACACAAUUGUGAACAAAUACAGCGCAGCAAUGCAGUAGGCCUUACAGAAGCAGAGAACGUUUCUUCAGUCAGUCAGGACUCAACUGCAAAUGUGCAGAGCCAAGCCCAUUCCUUGGCACGAGACUCUGCAAACACAUUUGCUAAUGCUCAGACCAAUUUUGCCACCGGAACAUCUGUAAGGCACAGUUCAGGGGUUGCAUCCCACCCCCAGAUGAUUCCUAUUGGCCAAGGUGGAGGGGAUCCAAAUAUGCCUGUUGGUCAGAGUGGUCAGACAUCUGGCAUGUCCACUGGCCAAAGUGCUUGUGGGGUCCCUAAUAUUCCUGUAGCACAACCCUUUCUUCAGCCAGUUGGAGCACAGAUUGCUGGUGUACUGCAGCAGUAUUCUCAGUCCCUCACCCCAUAUCCCACAGAUGCGACACAAAUGUCACACUCACAGCCAAGAGAGGCAGUUCACACUUCUCAUGCUUCUCUCACACAAACACAGCCUUGUGUAGCUCCCAUGUCAACCCAGACCCACAUUCCUAACCUACCUGGGCCACCAGCUGUAUCAUCAAUGGACACAAUGAUGACCCAGACCCAGCCUAGCACUGCACCUCAGCAACAAGUUGAAACCGUGCCCCAACAAAUUGCAGUUCAGCAUCAACAACAGAUAAUGUUAGAUCCACAGACUGCACUCUUACAACAACCACCCCAAUCACAUCAACAGACAUAUGGAAAUUCACAAUCACAUGCGGCUGUAUUACAACAACACAUGGAGCAAAUUCAACAGCAAGGUGUUUUACUGCAUCAACCUCCUGCUUUAUCAGGAAUACCAACCCAACAGGUAGACCAUGCAAAGGUAUUUUUGCAGGAGCAGCAGCUGCAUCCAGAUGUAGCACAUCAGCCAUAUAUUCCACAGUAUCAACAGCAGACUCUUGCUGACUUACACCAACAGGUAUAUACACAGCAAACUGUAGGGGUAUCCCAGCAACAGCAAAUCCAGCAGAAUGUAUCAGCACAGCAACAGUUAUCACAACAUCAGCAGAUAUUUAUGCCCAAUCAAGUUGAACCGCAAAAGUUAAUAGCAAUGCAGUCAACCUCUCAGCCACACCAAUCAGUACUUGUUGUACAGCAAAUGGAACAACAGAAAAAACAACAAGUCUAUUUACAGCAACAGCAGCAGAUAAAGCAACAAGAAAUACUUCUUCAGCAACAGCAACAAAAUACUGCAGUGCAGCAUCAGAUGGAACAUCAACAGUCUCUACAGCAGCAGCAAAUACAACAACAAGCUCUACUGCAGCAGCAACAGGUCGAGCAGCAACAAACCAAUUUACAGCACAAACAACAGUUUGAACAGCAACCUUUACUGCAGCAACAACAAUUAGACCAACAGACCGCACUGUUAAUGCAACAACAGGAAAUACUUCACCAACAACAGAUAAAUACUGCAAUGCAGAAGCAGGUAGAACAACAACAGACUCUCCAGCUGCAGCAGCAAAUACAGCAACAGGCACUACUGCAGCAACAACAACAUUUAGAGCAGCAACAAGCCCAUUUACACCACAAACAGAAUUUUGAACAGCAACCUUUAGCACAGCAGCAACAAUUGGAACAGCCAGUUCUAUUAGCACAACAACAGCUAGAACACCAGGCUCUAAUCCACCAACAUGCACUUUUAAAACAACAGCAGUUCGAGCAACAGCAGUUAGUGCAUCAGCAAAACCAAGCCAUAUUGCAACAACAGCAGCUUCACACCCAGCUUCAACAGCAAAAACAAAUUGACCAUCCGUUAGUCGAACAACAGCAACAGUCAGAACAACUGCUGCCUGUAUUGCAAGACAUGGCAAAAUCUCAAGUUACCCAGUCUCAAAUUCAUUAUCAGUCAGAGCAGCAAGCAUUUAAACCAGAGGGUGAUCAACAUCAGCAGAUGAUACUACAACAACAGACACAACAACAAUCACAAAUGAGAGAGUUACAGCAGCAGACUCUGCUCAACCAAUGGCAAGAUCAACAGCAGCUUCAACCACAUCAACAAUUGAACCAUCUGGUACCUCUUGGACAACAGCAGGUUAUAACAUAUGAAACUCUUCAACUGCAACAUCAAGCUCUACUUAGGCAACAACAGGAACAAUCACAGCUCCAAAAUCACACAUUGUUUUUACAGCAGCAGCACCAUUUUGACCAAGCACCUACUGUGCAAUACAACAGUGUACAACAAGAAGCUGUCACUCUUGAGACUGUGCAACAGCAUCAGCAGACUCUACUCCAGAAGCAGACUCUGCCACAGCAAGUUUUGUUUCAACAGCAGCAGCAGUUUGGACAUCAGAUAGCUCUUGGACAGCAUCAGAGUGAAGAACAGAAGACUGUCACCCUAGAGACUCUUCAACUGAAUCAACAGGAUCUGCACAAUAAACCACCAGAUCAGCAGCAACUACAGCAGCAGUUAUCUGUACUGCAACUGUCCAGUCAGGCUAACCAAAGCUUCACUCAACAACAAAUAGUUCAGCAACAAACGGUUUCUUCUGAGCACCAAGAUAGACCUUCUAACAAUAUGGUUGUUCAAACAAUAUCACAAAUGGUCAGCUCGCAAAGUCCAAGUCAGGUCCAAACCUCUGUACAACUUCCACCACCUACAGCAACAAUUCAGUCUUUAGGUCAUGGUGAAACUGUUACACAAAUCCAUGGUCAAAUACCUGUACACAGCCAAGGUCACUCAAUUCCACAGUCAACAGUUCCAACCCUGGGACAACCUAAUCCUACACAAUUUCAAAUUUCUCAGGCAUCUGCAAUCCAAGCUCCAGUACAGAGCCAGGCCUCAGCACAACCACAUGUAAAAGCCCAGACCUUUGUUUUAGCUCAAUCACAGACUCAACUGCCCCUACAGGGACAGAUUGUCCCAACUCAAGUCCUGCCAACUCAACCUAUAACUCAUGUCCUUUGUCAAGGUUCAGUGGUACCUCAGUCAACUCAAGCCCCAUCUACCUUGCUGACAGUUCCAUAUACUCAAACUUCACAACUUGGUCAAAAAAGCAUCCAGUUAGAUCUCACACAGGGUACACAGCAGCUACAGCUUCCACCUCAGCAGUACCAUCAAAUGGUGGUAUCCCCUGUAUCUGUGGGAAGUAGCAUUACUACUUCCUCAGGCACUCUAGUUUCUGGCACCUUGUUGACCAACCAGGCUCAAAUCCCAGUCCAGGUACAGACACAACAGAUAGUUAACAUGCAGACUCUUGAGCAGUCUACACCACACAUACAACCUCAAAUUCCCCAACAAGUACAGCAAGUUCAAAAUAUGCAGCAGCAUCAAGUCCAACCACCGCUUCAGAGCCAGGUUUUUUCAUCUGUAAAUCAACCGUUACCACCUCAACCAUCUGCCCUGAAUCAGCAACCAUCUCCGCUACAAGCAGCCUUGGUUGCUUCACAAGUCCUACCAAGCCAACCACAUCAGACACAAGUUCAGACUGACCCACUUCAUAGUCAAGUUGUAACAAACCCAAUAACCUCUCAACAACAUCUGACUCAAGUAGUUGUACCUGCCAAUUCUCACUCCCAGACAGCCCUUCACUUACAGACAAACAUCCACCCACAGACACCUGUCCAAACACAGGCCCAUCUCCACACACAGACAUACACAGAGCCCUCCGUCACUUUUGUGCAGCCAUCAUAUCCACAAGGUAUACUGCAUCAAACACAUAUUGCCUCCAGUCCAUCUCAUACCUCCCUUCAUACAUCUUCCACCCUGUCAGACCUCCAACUUCCUCCCUCAGCCUCAGAACUUCCUGCCUCCACUGAAACACAACCUGGGCUAACUGACAUCGCUCCCACUGCCUCUCUUCCUAUCAAUACUCUACAGCCCUCUGGUUCUAAUGGCAUUAACCUUACCCUGGUCUCACUGGCAGACUGUGACCCUGCAUUGAUGAGCGGUACACAGGAGAAUCCAGACCAAUCUGGCAACCAUUCCGUAUUAGGCUCUGUUCCAGUCAAUGGAGAAGAAUCUCAGUCAGUAAAUGGAAAACUAGAGAAGCUGAAGACUCAGAGAAGAUCUUCCUAUCAACGUCCUGAAAGAACCACUCACUUUCAGCUGAGCAUGCUGCAGGUGUCGAACACUGGUGAUAACAUGGUAGAGUGCCAGCUUGAAACCCAUAGUAACAAGAUGGUGACCUUCAAGUUUGAUAUUGAGGGUGAUGUUCCAGAGGAGAUAGCAGAUUACAUGGUGGAUGAAAAGUUUCUCCUUGAAUCAGAAAAAGAAAGAUUUGUGGAGGAUCUGAAAAGUAUUGUGAAGAAUGCCCAGGAGAAUCUCAGCACCCAGUCACAGUCUGCACCUAUGGAGCAACUUACCGUGAGCACACCAUCAAGUUCUGCUGAGUCUGCUACUCAGUCUUCUCCAGUGGGUCGCUGGCGAUUUUUUAUCAAUCAGACUAUUCGUCAUCGUGACUCGCACACCAGCAAAGGAGCCUCCACUCCCCCGCCAGAAGGGGAGGAACAAGAUUUUAAAACACCAGAGACUGAAAGAGCUUCAGACUAUGAGGAUUUAGAACAGUCAGACACCCUGCCUGGACUCAAGGAAGUGACCCCCUUUUCUGUCCCAACCUCUGGUGUUGGUGUCUCUGUUUUGGACUCCACCAGCUGUACCUCAACAACUCUCCAAAUAUCCACAGCACCUAUAGCAUCUCAAAACACACAAAUUCCCACCCAGCCAGUUGCUGAAAAAGAGUCUUCAACCGCUAUUCAAGCAAAAGUUCCCAGUUCUUCUAGUAUGGGCUCCAAUUUUGGCCUAGGCUCUGUAGAUGGCGCCACCACUGUACCCACCAUGAGCGAGAGUCAGAAGCCUCCAUCUAGUGACCAAAUACAGCUACUGCAGCAGUUACCCCAGGCGCCAACAAUGCUGAGGCCAGAGAUUCAACCUCAACAACUCCCAGAAGUCUAUUCAUCGCAGCCUUUGUUUAUAAACACUGAUCAAACUCAGCAGCAACAACAACAGUUUAAUCCGACUGUCCAACAGCAAGGGUAUCAACAGGCCCAUCUUCAUUCAAACCACACCGAGCCACACUCCAUUCUGCAGGCUCAGCCAGUCGCAACAGCACCUCAGACCUUAGCCAACACAAUCCUGUCUUCAGUGCAAGAGCAAAACACACAGGCCUUUCAAGCCCAGAAUUCAGUACCAAUUGCUUACCAACAGGGACAUCCUGAUCUUGUUCCUCAACCAAUAGGCCAGCAGACUGUCCACCUACAGCCGCUUGUUCUUCAACAGCAAGGUAAUCUGGAGCAGAUGCAUUCAGUGGUACAGCAGCAGGGUGUUCUCAUGCAGCAGUUAAUGCAGCAGGAAUCUGUGCAGCCCUCGUUGGCCCUUCUGUCAGAGCAGAACUUACAAACACAGGAACCGUUAUUUCACAGAGCACAAGUUCAAUCUCUGGUUCCACAGCAGAUAGCUCCUGAGCAAAUGCAACCCCAGCCAGUGCCACAGCAGACGACUCAACCUACAACCUUGCCCAUGCAGAAGCAGCCGUCUUUCCAGCAUUCAGAGUCGGAGCUCUCCACUGGAGAGGCCAGUGUCACGGAAGACACCUCCAGUCACUUUGCUUCUUUCCAUCCACUGUCCGAUGUGCCUCUCCCACUCUCCGAGACAGCUGCACCAGCCCUGGCACAUGUGCUGUCACCAUCACCUGCCCAACCUUCCUCAGUGGCAGAGUCAGACAGCGAAGGCCCUCCAAAAAUGGAGUUUGUUGACAACCGCAUAAAGACACUAGAUGAAAAGUUGAGGACUCUGCUGUAUCAGGAGCAUAGUGGCAGUGGAGCCAAUAAUUCCACCCUAGCUUUCUCUGCCUCAGGCACCGCCUGCACCUCAACACAAAUGGACGAGUCAUCCGAAUCUCACCCGCUGCCUCCAUCUGCACCCUCACCCCCUUCUGUCUCUUCCUCAGACACCUCCCCACACUCCUCUUCCAGCACCACCUCCUCAACUACUUCCCGCUCCUGCUCCACCUCGUCGGACAAAGAUGGGGAGAAAACGAGAGAAGAUGGCAUCGUUCAACCUGCUCCGGCUUCCUCUACUGCUGUGGAGUGUCAACCUGCCUCAUCCUUCACCUCCCCCUCCCCUCCUUGCUCCCUUUUGUCUUCUUCACAGGAGCCUGUGCCAGGACCCCCAUCUCUACUUGGUGAACCCACAGUUCUUGCUACCUCCUCCCUCUGUGACAGCAGUUCCCCUGGAGACGUCCUUUGGCCAUCCUCGUCCCAGCACCCCCUCACACCAGCAGCCGGACAGCAGCAGCAGGACAAUGAAGGAGGUGGAUAUUUUGGCCUAAACCUGACAUGUCCUAGUAUCAGAAAUCCUGUUAGCAAGAAAUCCUGGACUCGCAAAUUCAAAAGCUGGGCGUGCAAACUGCGCCACUCUGCCAGCUUGUUCAAGAAGCCUAAAGUCCAGCAAGGUAGCGUUUGCACAGAGCGCGAGUGUUUGCAUGGGUCACCCAGGGAAUUUACCUUUUAUUUUUCUGAUCUGGCCUUGUCCUCAUCUCUUGUUCUGUUUCACCUCUGGACAGAUGUCAGUUCCAGCAGUCAAGGAGUGAGAGAUGAGAAAGAGGCACCUUUAAAAACCCAGCCGUGUUUGCAAACAGGACGUUUCCAGGUCACACCGGUACUCCAGCCUGAGGAUGCAGCUCCUACAGUGGAGGCAGCAUCAGGCCAGGACAACGUUCCCAAAACAGUGGGACGAUUUCUUAUCACGAAGGCAAGGGAGAAGGAAGAGCAGCUGACAGACAGCUCUCCUGUCUCUCCGGACCUGGGGAAGGACAGGCGAAAGAAAAAAGGAAAGCAUGAAGAAAGGUUGGAAAGGACAACAUCGACAGGGGCCCAUCACCCGCUACGUAGCCACACACAGUCUCCUGCAGGCAGCAGUGAUGAUGAAAGCGAGGUGGAAGAUGAAGAGCUGAGGAAGGAACUGCAUCAGCUGAGAGAGAAACACAUCAAAGAGGUGGUUUCACUGCAAGCGCAGCAGAACAGAGAACUACAGGAACUCUACAGGCAGCUUCGCUGUCUAAAAGACCGCCGUCAGCCCGCACUGUCCCCUGCAACAGGACUGGCCAUCUCCCCACGAAGACCUCGACCCUCCAAAACUAAACUCCGCCCUCGUCCUCAUUCCCACACAAACAACAAUGGAGUUUCACACCAAGGUGCCCUCCAGCAAUCCAGCAGUUUCUCCGGGGAGCCACCUAGACCUCGUUCUUACUGCCACUCAGAAAAAAAAGCUUCACUUAUAAGCAAGACGGAGUGCACACCCUCAGUCCACUGUUCAUCUAACAGAACAUGCACCUUCACUGACGAACUGCACAAACUUGUAGAUGAUUGGACCAAAGAGGCUGUCAUGCCCGCUCUACCCAAACCGUCUCUUAAUCAGAUCAAGCAGAUUCAGCAAGUGCAAGAAUUAAGCGGGUGGAACCAGGCUACAGAGGCUUCAGCUCCAGCCUGGUUCCCAACCACGUCUUUAAAUCUCCAGAGUGCCACAGCAUCCAUCAACAGCACAGGAGGCCCAACCCCUCCAGUCUACACCCAGACCGUCAUCACUCCUGUAUCGCAGCAGAACCCUCACCUGCAGGCUCAGGCCUUUCAGUCUGUACAGUAUGGUCUGCCUCAGCCCACACUGCCCAGCGGGGUAACCUCUAGUGUGCCCAAUCCUCUGUCUGCCCACUUGCCUUCUUCCUCUACGCCCACCAGCAUUGCCUCCACCUCCACAACUUCGUUCUGUUCUUCUACAAAUGCAUGAGGCUUCUCCGGUUCUGCAUUGGUCCUGGUCUUUGAUGCCAAAGUCAAACUUGUGCCGCUGCUCUACCCUCCCCUUUAGGCCUGAACAAAGGAGGAGGGGUUUUAUUUUGACAAUGUGAAAAUUCAGUCGUGAAUAAUAAAUAAGGAACUAGGACAAAGA